CAAUUAUCAAUUGAAUAUACUUCAAAGUUAUUACUGAAAUUCUAUUCUUCAUCUUCUAUCUUUUCAUCCAACAUAGCUGAAUAACUCGAGCUUCUCCGCUACACUACUUUUCAGCUUCUAAAACCUCGGAUUCUACUUUAAUCCCUGCAUUUUAGGUAACAACUCGAUAGGAAUCUCUUCCUUAUCAGGUAUUCCAUGACUUGAGAUUUAUCCUUCUUAUCUAGCAAAUACCCCUUCAGUUAUCUAUGAUUCUAUUCUUCGCCACAACAAGCAUCUGAUUUCAGCUUUAGCACUUCAAGGUUAGGCAAUUCACUCAAGGUGUUCAGGUAGUCCUAUGUCUGACCAAUUAGGACCAAUUUUAAUUCCUUGAGAUGUGACAGGAAAACUUUUUGCACUUGGAAUAGAUGGACACGAUUAUCAAACUACCUGUUUUUCCACCAAUUUUAUAGUCCUUCGUAGUCCCGUAAAAUUUUAGCUUUUUGAUGUUCUCACACCUUGGAAUGAUCUCUUUUGUACAACAUUGUGGCAGCAUGACAGAAACAAUUUACAGGUAUGGAAAACCUGAGCAACAGAUCUUGGAGGAUUUCAAAACAAAAUUCAAGACAAUGGCACAUGAGAUUUUUGCUUAAUAUGGUAUUAUCUAGUAUUCAAACCAAAAAUUAGUUGAAGAACAACAUUAGGCCCCACUUUUAUUUUAAGGACACCCUUAAAAUAAAACCCACAAGAAUUGAUGAAGUUGAUUAUCAAGAUGGGAAAUCUAGAGGUCACCUAUCUACAUGACAAAGAAAAGAGAGGAACAUGGUUUUGCUUCUUACCAGCAAUUGUUCAUUUAAUGGUUUCAAAUUAUUGGUAUUCAGAGAAGAAAGCAAGAAACUUAUCAUCUUUCAUUUUCAAACUAGCUGCAUCCACAUAUUUUAGGCCCCAUAUUAACUUGGCCAACAGUCAUCGGCACAUGGCUUUGCCUUCGGUGGUUAAUGACUCCAACACAAGGUCUAUCAAUAGCCUUUUAUAAAUAAUCCCCCAUUCGUGAUUCUUUUUCAUCAUCAAGCACAAGCAUUAUCAAUUUAGCCAUCAAAGUUCCCUAAAUUUAUCAUUCAUUUUCUUGUUUCCAGUCUUCAAAGGAAAAAUGGCAAUGCUCACCGCUAAGAAACUCAUCAAGAUGGCCAGGAAAUGGCAGAAGUUUGCAGCCAUGCAGAGGAAAAGGAUUUCAUUUCCAAGAAAUGGUAGUGAUGCAGGAAGUUGCAGUACAUCUUCAUACUCUAUAGUUGAAAAAGGACAUUUUGUAGUAUAUACAGCUGAUCAAGUUCGCUUUGUCAUUCCAUUGGUUUACCUUGAAAAUGAAAUCAUUAGGCAACUUUUGAACAUGUCCGAAGAAGAAUUUGGGCUACCGAGUGGUGGUCCUAUUACAUUAUCCUGUGAUUCAGCCUUCAUGGACUACAUCAUUUUCCUAAUCAAGAAAGGCAUAACUGCUGGAGAUCUACACAAAGCGUUGCUCCUAUCAAUUCCUUCUUCUUGCUGUUCGACUUUUUCUUUGAACCAAGAAAGUGGAAACCAACAGCUUCUUGUUUGUUGAGUCAUAAUACAUGCUAGCUGAAAAUAGUUUUUUAGGUAGGGCAUACACUGAUGAACAUUACUGUAAAGCUAAUCAUACAGAUAUAUUGAAUAUUAUUUUAUCAGAGAAAAUUUACCA